AUGGGCAUCAAUAGCACUUCCUCCUAUGGGGGUAGCCCUACGCCACCACCCUGCAACAUAAGCAACACUUUUUUUUGCGGGGACCAAAACUCCAAUGGCACCAAUAGUUUUGCCACAUCAUCAUUUGUUGAAAUGUUCUGGUCAUUCUAUGGCGUAGAUAGCAGCAUAGAUGAGGUGAUGCAACAGUGUCACAUACUUGCCGAUUCUAUUGUGUGGUUGAGCAUCAAGAUCUUCACCCUGCUGACAGGUCUCCCAGCCAACGUGGGCCUGCUGUGGCUGUUGAUGAGCAGCAAGAAGGCCCUGUCAGCCUCUAAGGUCUUGGGCCUCAACCUGUCCAUCCUGGACAUCCUCUACUGCCUCUGCCUGCCCAUGGACAUCUACAUUGCCAUGCACCACGAUGCGUCCCAACAGAUGCUCACGGCAGCCGAAGCCCUCUACGCCCUCAACAUCUUCGGAUGUCCUCUCCUGCUGGCCUGCAUGUGUGUGGAGCGCUACCUGGCAGCAGCCCACCCCAUGACCUACAUACGGCUGGGGAAGUGGCAGUACCGCGCCGGGGUUUGUGUCCUGGCCUGGCUUCUCACCCUGGUGGUGAUGCUGCUGGCCUACUUCCAGGGGGUGUUCUCCAUGGCUUUGUACUUGGCCCUCACCACUUCACUCCUGUUCCUGAUCAUGCUGAUGUGUCUGGUGGGCAUUGUGUGGGUGCUGUGCAAGAGUAGGCCUGGAGAGGGCUCAGGAUCUGGGGGAAGUAUGAACCUGAAGAGGAGAGCUCUGAAGAACAUCUUAGCUGUGCUGGUACCCUCCGUGGUGGCCUACACUCCUCUGGUGGCCCUGGUGCCCUUCAUGUCCAUGUGGCACCUGGAGGAGGAGGACCAGGAGGCUAACAGCAUACACUGCCGCAUCCUCCAGCUUCUCCUGGCCUUCCCUAACUUCGGCCUGUUCAUUGGACCCCUGUUCUACCUGGCCCGCAUCAGGCUGCUGCUCCCCUGCUGCAGGAAGGGAAAUAAUAAAGCGCUAGCAGACUCCAAGACACAGGCAGAAUAG